AUGGUCCCGGAGGCAUCCGCGGCGGCCCCAUGGCUGGAGCGCGGCGCCCACGCCGCGGGCCUCCUCGCCGCCGCGCUCGCCGCGGGCCGCGGCGCCGCGAGGCUGAGCCUCUUCGGCAACGAGGGCAUCGGCGCCGGGGGCGCCGUCAAGGUGGCACAGAACCUCCACCCGCACAGCAGCAUCGAGGACCUCGACCUCACGCGCUGCGGCCUGGGGGACCAGGGGGCCGAGGCGCUGGCCACGGCGCUGCCGCGGGCCCGGGCGUUGAAGGAGCUAUGUAUUGGCCGCAACGGCUUGGGCCCCACCGGCUGCCGCCACCUUGCGAGGGCACUCGCCGGGGCCCGGGCGCCCGCGAUGCUGAGCCUCCGCGACAACCGCGUCGGCGACGAGGGCGCCGCAGCGCUCGCGGAGGCCCUCGAGAGCAACCGGGGGCUGACGGAGCUGGAGCUGAGCGGUAACGGCCUGGGCAACCCAGGCGCGGGCGCCCUGGGCGAGGCACUGCUCAAGAACAGGAAGCUCGCCACGCUGUGCCUGCAGGACAAUCGCAUCGGCGAUGCGGGUGCGGCGGGGUUGGCUGUUGGCCUGCCCGCAAACCGCCACCUGCAGGAGCUUGACCUCAGCGGCAACGACAUCGGGAACGCUGGAGUGGGGCAACUGGCCAAGGCGCUGCAGGCCAACGAGUUUCUGGAGACGCUCUCGCUCGAGAGGAAUCGGGUCGACGGCGAGGUUCUUGGUGCGCUGGAGGAGAUCUUUGAGGCGCGCAGCUCGCUGAGGCAGCCGCAGGAGGCCCGCCAGGACAGGUGUGACCCCGGGCGGGGCCCGACUUCGAGCGAGAUCUGGCCGUAG